AACAACACAGAGGCAGUGCGCGCACACACUGGACAGAUUUUCAAUCAGCUAGGGAGCGAGUUACACUAUAGCAGGAGUUUACAGUUAAAGACCUUAACAAACGUCAUACACCAACCCGAAGAAAUUGUGGCAGUGGUCGUAGACAAGAAGUUCAUCUUACCUUAACAUGGUAUACUUUUGUGACGUCAUUAAUGGACGUAUAUUUUUGGUUUGUUUUCGGAUAAAUGUGAUCCCAACCCCUGUGCCAACGGAGGGACCUGUGAGGACGGAGCUUGUUCAUGUGAACCUGGGUUUUCAGGCAUUCUCUGUCAAGAUGAGCACUGUAACCCAAUAAUCAGCCCUUGUCUUAACGGAGGAACAUGUAUGCCCGCAGAACUUACUUGUUCAUGCACUGAUGAUUUUGAAGGACAAUUCUGUGGUUCAGUUAAAUGUGAUCCCAACCCCUGUGCCAACGGAGGGACCUGUGAGGACGGUGCUUGUUCAUGUGAACCUGGGUUUUCAGGCAUUCUCUGUCAAGAUGAGCUGACAUCUGUUGAGUGUGACAGCGGUUCGAUGACUGUCACCAUUGAUAAACGUCUUAUCUCUGGUGAUGCUGCUGAAGUUCAUUUCACAAACAAAUCCUGUUUUGGAGUCGAAUCCAGCUCAAAUCCUAAUGAGAUAACUCUGACUACAGACUAUAUUGAAUGUGGCACCAUCACCGAGGACAGAAACUCUACAGUGGUUUUCUCCAAUGAUAUCACUUAUGAAAAACCUGAAGCUGAAGGAGAUACAGAAAUCACUCGUGAAUAUCAAAUGCAACUUCAUGUGGAAUGUUCUUUGGACAAAUCAGAAACAGUUGAUGGGUCCUUCAAACCACACCUUGGUAAGGUUGCCUUCAGCGACAAGAGCACUGGUACCUUCGAUCUAACAAUGAAAAGAUUCGAGUCAGCGAGUUUUGCGAAUGAAGACUCCAGCACCGUCUGGCUGGGUUAUGAGCUCUUCUUCGGGGUAAAUCUUAAUUCUGUGCAAAGCGUUGGGAUGUUCAUUGAUGAAGCCUGGGCUACAGCUUACCGCGAUCCGGAUAGUGAACCACGACACGAUCUGAUAAAGGACGGAUGCCCGGUUGACGAAACAGCUUUAGUUUACUUUCUUGAACCGCAUCAAGAAGGCUUUAGCGUGGACUCUUUCCGUUUCGUCGGAGACCAUGAAGAGGUGUACUUUCACUCUGUGGUGAAGGUAUGUGGUGCCAAUAAGAGCGACGAGUUGCGAUCGACAAUCCAAGCUACCUGUGAUUCUAUAAAUGGGUCUCAUCCGUCUACCGGAGCACCUCCUCAAGAUCGCAAACGACGAUCUUCAGACUACCUUUCCACUCAGACGAUCAGCAGUGGACCUUUCCGUGUCCGUAAUCCAACCAGCGAUAUGGCCACUGAUGAUGUGUCUUCCUCCAAUCCGUUUGCGAUGCUCACUCUUGGUAUGAUCGCUGCAGUGGUUGCCAUGGUUAUUCUGAUGGGCGUGGCCAAACUGGUCGGUCGAUCAACCAACUACAACUAUCAGCGUGUUUCGACCGAAACCAUUGAAGGGAUUUAGAGAGGCGAGAGC